GAGAGGAUGAACGGGGCAGUGGGCGCGAGAGAGACGGUAAUUCUGGCGCAUGCUAGCGUGAAACGUGACAGAGAAGGAGAGAUCGUCAAUUUAACAGCCCAAGAGGAGAAGGUCCGAGGAACAGAGGUUGAGGAAGGAGUGGUACGAUCGGGCGGGAGGGCAGACCCGCGUUAACAUCGGGGAGGUUUCCAACAGCGGAGACGAAACGGUCGGACUGGGAGAGAGACUCAGCCUUUUUCUGCCGGGACCGACCCACGGCCCGAGUGAAGGGCACAUAGAGAGGGUGGUACAGAGACCGACAGAGCCAGUAAAAAGCCUUAUGGAUUUUUAACGGUGCACCUGCCCACCGAUGUGGAGGCCCACUUGACGGACCCUUAGGAUUUGUCCCGGUAGUCCCGAUGGUCAGUCCGACUAUGUUGGAGAGACCUCUGAGAGUUGAAAGGUAUGAAGACGGAUGCGGUGGUUGCUCUGUUUCUGCUUGUCAGACAAUAAGGCCCCCUACCCAGCACCCCCCCUUUCCGUUUCCCGCGGAAGCCCCUCCCUGUUAGCCGUUAGCCGUUAGCCGCUUAGCUCUGUGGCCGGACGACAGGAGGAGAAGCCGGGGACGCGGAGGAGAAAAGCACGGACAACAGGAGGAGAUGGUCCCGGCGGAGGACGACAAAGAAGCGCGGUGACCGGAAAGCGAGCCUGCCGUUGGAAAAAGCCGCUUCCCGAUGACCAUGCAAUCAUUCCCUGCUCGCCCUCAGCGUUAGUGUGUGUGUGUCUGAGGGUGUGUGUGUGUGUGUAGGUGUGUGUCUGAGGGUGUGUGGGGGUGUGUGAGUGUGUGUGAGAUCCAGAAUGGGAUUUGGUCGGGAUCUGAGAAAUUCCCAUGAGGGAUUACUGAAGCUGCAGGACUGGGAAUUAAAGCUGCUGGAGACGGUGAAGCGUUUCAUGACUCUGCGGGUGAAAAGCGAUAAGGAGUACGCAGCUCUGCUGCUCAGCAUGACUCAGCAAACUGAAAAACAGGAGGCUGCCGACUACGUCAGCACGGUCAGCAAGUCGUGGUCUCAGGUGGUUCGUCAGACAGAGGCGUUGGGUCGAGUGAUGAGGAGUCACGCUGACGACCUGAACUCCGGUCCUCUGCACCGCCUGGCCACGCUGAUCCGAGACAAGCAGCAGGUGAAAAAGAGCUACCAGAGUCUUCAUCAGCAGCUGGAGAGCCACAACCACAAGGUAACCAGGAGUGACCUGGAGAAGUUGAAGGCGACGUAUCGUCAGUUGAGCCGUGAUGCAAACAACGCCAAAGAAAAAUACAGAGAGUCUCUGGCUAAAGGUCGGGAGGCGGAGCGUGCCCGUGAGCGUUACGACAAAGCAACAGCAAAGCUCCAUAACCUUCAUAACCAGUAUGUGUUGGCGGUGUGUGGCGCUCGAACGCAGCAGGAUGAACACCGACGCCGCGCUGCGCCUGCUCUGCUCGACGCUCUACAGAGGAUGCAGGAGGACAUGACGCUCGCACUUAAGAGUAUCCUGGAGGAGUACUGUGAGAUCAGCAGUCUGCUGACGGAGGAGAUAGUUAAAGUUCAUCAGGAGAUUUCAACAGCUGUUCAACAGAUCGACCCGCUGGCAGAGUACCAACACUUCAUCGAUGCCUAUAGGUCUCCGGAGAAUCCUGAGCCAACUGUUGACUUCGACACUUCUCUAUUGGAGGAGACGGACAACCUACCGGCCAAUGAGAUCCUCUGGAACACGCUGACGGCCGACAGCCUGCAGGCCAUGCUGUCGUUGGCGACGGAGGAGCUGUCACUGACUCAGCAGAACCUGAGGACAAAGGAGGCGCUGGCUGACGACCUGGACACCAAGAUCCAGACGAGUCAACAGAGCACCGAGAGGAGAAGCGACUGUGUUCUGCUACUCAGUCAGAAACUGUCUCUCCUCGAGCUCCGUCACGCUGUCCAAUCGCUGCGCGGCUCAGAGGCCCGCCUUGCUUCCCAGAAAGCCCUGCUGGAUGCCAAGAUGGCUGCCGCCGCCACCUCCCCUCCCCCACCGCCGCCUCCCCCUGCGCUGCCGUACGAGGACGAUGCCCGAUCCGUUGGAUCCACCGAUAAAACGAAGGAAAAGAGCUCUCGGUUUGACACUCUACGACACUCUCUGGCUGGUAUGAUUCGAUCUCCUAAAGCCAUGCUAGGUUCCUCCACCUCGCAGUUCUUUGAUGUGAUCCCGACGUCGGAGCGCCCCCUGGCAGAGCAGGAGUGGUAUCAUGGCGCCAUCCCCCGCACCGAGGCUCAGGAGUUACUACGGCAACAAGGAGACUUUCUGGUGAGGGAGAGUCACGGUAAACCGGGCGAGUACGUCCUGUCGGUGUUUUCUGACGAACAGCGACGACACUUCAUCAUCCAGUAUGCCGAUAGUCAGUACCGCUUUGAAGGGACGGGAUUCUCCACCAUCCCUCAGCUCAUCGAGCAUCAUUUCUCCACCAAACAGGUCAUCACCAAGAAGUCUGGAGUCGUGCUGCUCAACCCCGUUGUCAAGGACAAAAAAUGGAUCCUGAACCAUGAGGAUGUUGUGCUGGGGGACCUGCUGGGAAAGGGUAACUUUGGCGAAGUGUUUAAAGGGACCCUGCAGCGUGACAAAACACCAGUCGCUGUCAAAACGUGUAAAGAAGAUUUACCUCCAGAGCUGAAGAUCCGCUUCCUGUCUGAAGCCAGGAUACUGAAGCAGUACGACCACCCAAACAUCGUGAAGCUGAUCGGUGUUUGUACGCAGCGACAGCCGAUCUACAUCGUCAUGGAGCUGGUUCCUGGUGGAGACUUCCUGUCCUUUUUGAGGAAGAAGAAGGACGAGUUGAAGACAAAGCAGCUCAUUCGUUUCGCUGUCGAUGCUGCCGCGGGUAUGGCUUACCUGGAGAGCAAAAACUGCAUCCACAGGGACCUGGCAGCGAGGAACUGUCUGGUGGGGGAGGGCAGCGUGUUGAAGAUCAGUGACUUUGGGAUGAGUCGUCAGGAGGACGACGGUGUUUAUUCUUCAUCCGGACUCAAACAGAUUCCCAUCAAAUGGACCGCACCCGAGGCCCUGAACUACGGUCGUUACAGCUCAGAGAGUGAUGUGUGGAGUUACGGGAUCCUGCUGUGGGAAACCUUCAGUUUGGGGGUGUGUCCUUAUCCCGGAAUGACCAAUCAGCAGGCCCGAGAGCAGGUGGAGAAAGGUUACAGGAUGGCGUGUCCUCAGCGUUGCCCUGACGACGUGUACAAAGUGAUGCAGCGCUGCUGGCAGUACAACCCCGAGGACCGACCCAAGUUCUCCGAGCUGCAGCGAGACCUCGCCGCCAUCAAGAAGAAGUGAUGACAUCAUCAGAGACAGAAGAGGAAAGCCGAGUCGCGUCAUCGGCGAAGACGAGUCACUUUUUAAAAAAAAUUUUACGUCAGGUGGGCGUGGUCAGCAGGUGGAGGUGGUUCAGGGACACUGGCGUGGCGUCUUUUCAAAAACUAAAGAUAUUUAAAAAAAAAAUAAAAUAAAAUAAAAAAAAAAAAGUCCCAAAAGUUUUGUUAAAAACACUAUAAAAAAACAACCCUGACUAAAAACAGUUCAGCUGCAAGACAAAUUUAUGAAUGUCGUAGCAAUGUCCACACGGACUAAACAUGUCUGUUAGCAACACACUACAAUGUGAUAAAUCUAUCAUUUAAAAUCAAUAUGCUAGCAUUUAGCAUUUAGCAGAUGUCUGAACUCUCAUUAAAACUACAUUGUAAACAGCCAAACACUGUCAGGUGGUAAUGAUGCCUACAGGUUAUUAUGGAAACACAUUAAAAUCAGACCUCAGCCAUGAUGGAUUUGAUGAUCAGUCAGUGCCACAGCCGCUCAGAGAAUAAUUUUAGAAAACAUCUUAAAGUUAAGCCUGGAAUAAUGGAGCUAAUAGCUUAGCAUUAAUUUAGCGAGGGUUUUUAACAAAUUCACUAAAAUGCUUUUGAAACCUGAUGCACUCCCCCAGCACCCUGACAGAUGUUUGAACGUUUACAUCAGCCGGGCAACGGCUCUCGUUUCACGCUUUAACUUGGGUGAGCAUGAUUUCAAUGUGCCAGACGUGUUGACAGUUAGCGUGACUCCGAGCUUUAAGUUACGCUGAAAAACAAUUGAAAAAGGCCAAAAUCUGCUAAAUCUAACCUGCUGCUAAAAUCCUCAUCGUUUUUAUUUAUUGUGAAAAACUUUGGUUGCCAGCAUUUAAAAAAAAAAAACACCAAAAAAAAUCCUUUUUUUUUUUUAAAUAUAAGCUAAAAAUGUAAAGAGACUGACGUGCUGCAGGUGUGAUGUCCGUUAAACCACACCCCUAGCACUACUGUAACCAGGGCAACAGAUUGAACACUAAAAUCUAUUCCACUGCUGAGGAACAUCAGCUGUCAGCACUAACAUAAACUCUUGUUUAUUUUUACAUCUUCACUGUUUCUAUUUUUAUUUAUUAUGUUUUUAUUAAUUUUAUUUCUUUUUAUGUUUCACGUGUUUAAUCUUCUGACAGCAGCUUAACAGUUUAAAAAUUUUACAAAUUGUUUUGGAAGGAAAAUGAACCUUUAUUCUAAAAAAAAAAAAAAAAAAAAAAAACAGCUGCCAAUCAUCACACAGACCACGCCCACCCCGACUUUUUUUUGUUUGUUUUGUUUUUUUUUCCUUCUUUUUUUAAAUUUCUAAAGUGUGACUCCAGGAAAUGUUUCUGACCAAUCAGUGAUUUCCAGCAUGAUGUUGUCAGUUUAAAAAAUAAAGUUUUGAGAAAUAAAAAGCAGGAGAACAAGGAAAAUUUAGCUUGAAUACAUUUUUAAAAUUUCUCCACGCAAACAUUUACCCCCCCCCCCCACAAAAAAAAAAAUUCAAU